AAAAAUAUUAACUUUAUUUACCAUUCUGUGGUAUAUUAAUAUAAAUAUUUGAAAAAACGUUUGAUUAUGUAAUUUAUGACGUCACUUUGUAUAAAAUACGUCUAGUCAUGAUGUUCAGGGACGUUUAGGCAUAUUUCAGGGUCAAUUUCUCAGCUGAGCUUACGCAGGAGCCCGCAGGAAGCAAAUUGAGGUUAUACAAUUCGCUCGGCAGUUUUUAAUCGCAAUAUUUCUCGCAAAACAUUUCGUCAACGACGAAUAUAGUCGUAAAUCUAUACUCAGGCGCACUUAUAUAACACACAUUCAAACUUGGAAACAUGAAUUCAUUAUUUCAAUCUUCUGGUCUAAGACAACUUGUGUCUCAAACGCUCAGACGCAGUAUUAACCUAAGUGCAGCAGUUGGCAACUCAUUUAAGAUUCAAGAUGAGAAGGAUUUCUCAGAUAAGAUUGAAAACAGCAAGGAGGCCAUCAUUGUUGAUUUUCAUGCAACUUGGUGUGGUCCAUGCAGGCAGUUGGAGCCUAGAUUGAAUAAUGUGAUUGCAAAGAAGGCUGGAAAGAUUAGUCUGGCUAAAGUAGACAUUGAUGAAAUGGCAGAGGUUGCUGCUAAGUAUGAUGUUGGUUCUAUUCCUGCUUUAUAUGUUUUCAAGAAUGGGAAAGUUGAGUCCAGAUUAGUUGGAUUGCAGGAUGAGGACAAGUUGGAGAUGUGGGUUGAUAAGGUUUUGGCAGGAAAGUAAUUGCUGUAAAUAUGUGUUGAUGAUAUUAAACUAAAUAAAAUAGAAUCGUAAUUUGUGAAA